AAUUCGCACCCUUUUAAACCAGCAGUUUUCUGCUUUAGUUUCACCGCCGAAAAUGAAUUUGGACCACAAUUAACAAAAUUCUGUAACAAAAAACUUUCAGAUAUUUUAAUUUUGACCCAAGCUGGUUCAAGUCGCGUCUUUAUUGUGACAGUUAAGAAAAUUAACGAUGUAUUUUUAAAAUGAAUUCAGGUAGAACUGAAUUUGAGUGCUUACGAAGCCACAAAGCACGCCCUUGUCCUCACCAGGGUGAUUCGCGACCUGAAGGGACAUUUCAACCGAAAGUUCAAAACCCUGAGCGAAGAGAAACAAGAAAAGGUUGAAAGCUGCAGUGGCAUUUUGAGUGAGGAUCAAAAGUUGGAAUUAGGGGGAGAUUUUCAGAAACAAUUUGAAGGGAUUAUGGAAGAAAGCACAUCAGAACAGACCAGCGAAAAAGAUAUGAAAAGAUUGAAAGAAAGUCUGUCUAGAUUUGACGAGCGGCUGAGGGAGAUGUCAAAGUUUCGGCUCAAAGUCUGCACGGCCGUGACGCAAGAGGAGCUAAAAGUGGCGCGAAUCAAGUUGUGGAUUUUGACGCAGUCCGUCUUGUUGUCCAACGAGACGCGCACCAGGGAGGAGUUGCGCGUUUGCUCGGAGGAGGUCGAGGCGUUGUCCACAAAGAGACAAACGCUGCAGACGCGGUGCGAGAGGAAGAGGCGCAAACACGAGCGGCUCAAGGCGCACGACAAGAAACAGGACAAAACGUUCCACCAGCACUUCACGCAUAGCUCGCCGCCGGCCGUCGUCCAACAACUAUCAAAACUUUACAAACGAAGACCAGCAAUUAACCUUUCGGCGAGCCAACUGCGGCUGCUCAACAAAGACUACCUGCGUCCUGCCAACAAUGCAGACCAGCCGCCGCAAGUGGAGGAGCAGAAGGAGUCUGAAGACGAGUCAGAGGAAGAGACGCCCCUGCACGAGCCGUGCAAACUGUUCAUGGCCGCGCUGAAGAUCAUCGACGUGACCGGCAAGAGGCCCAGCGUGGACACUACGGCCUGGCGCGCCCUUUGCAAAAUGCGCAGGGCCAAAGUCGAGGCCGAAAUCAGGGUCAAAGCUACGGCCCUUGAAGUGUCUGAAGUGGAGCAGACGCUGGCAGAGGUCGACGCCAAUCUGACCUUCGAAAGGAACAGGGAGCAGCGGCUCAGGGAAAAACUGAACGCGAUUUUGGACCGGAAGAGGCGACUCUUGCUUGAUAUCGAGUUGCAAAUACUAUUGCCUCUGGGACAAAUCGAGGUGAAGAACCUUCACGACCCAAAGGAAAUUGAGGAAUCGAUUUUGGUUCCGAGGAAAUUAGUCCGUCAGCAAAACAACAGAAUAAGGGACGCGGGAGCUGCAAAAAUGGUCGCCUUGGAAAGGUCUGUCCGAUUCAGGGAGGGUCAACUUCAGGUGGCCCACUGGUAUUUGCAAAAGGUAACCCUUCAGCUUCAAAUCGCAAAAGACGAGCUAAAGUAUGUGGAAAAACUGCCGAUAACAAGUGAAAUGAAAAAGUACUUGAAGGGCACUCUUCAGGCACCUUCGAGAGCAAAGGUUGGUUGUUACGAAAAGGAUUUGGUGCGGCGGAGACGAGAGGCUCUGGCGUCGCGGCUUGCAGACCUUCAGGGGCAACAGAAACGUUUGAAAUACGAUAAUUUAGAUUUGGAGCGGCAGAUUGCAGAGGCAAAGAGGAAACUUGAGGGCCAGAAGGCAAUAAAAGUCGAGCCUAAUCCAUUGAUUGCUUCGACGAAAUUGGCGGGCGAAAAAAGCAAGUUAGAAAGGAAAUUCAGGGAGCAGGAGAUCGAGUUGUUGGGGCUGAAGGAAGAACUGGAGAAGAUGAAAUUGAGAACUUUUCCUACACUUUUCAACGUUUCGGUCUAAAUAUGUUUUAGGGUUUUGUACUUGAUAUUAAACUGAGGUAUUCUUUUCAUCAAUUUUAUUGUGUACCCAUCAUCACAAACCAUUGCGUUCAUUAGAAGCAAUCAAAAUUAAAACUUACGAGACCAAAAAUCAAAACAAUAAAUAUAUAUACGAACCCCCGAGUUGUUGUAAUUUUCUUGCGUUAAAAAAUGAUUUAAUGCAUUUAUUUUAUAGAUAUAUCCAGGCAAAGUACAUAAUGAGCUUUUCUGUAUUGAUUUAGUAAUAAUUGGGGUAGCAUUAAAAACAUACAAAAAGGUUGUUGGUUACUGGGGAUCUAAUCUUUUUUUAGAAUCACAUAUUGCACGCACACAAAAUUUGACCAGC